GCUGUGAAGGAUCUCGUGGCAAAUGGUUUUAAUAUAAAAGCAGUGGCAGCGACGAAAUAAGAGUAUAACAUUGCAAUCACUUGUACACUUAAUUACUAGCUAACAAUAAUCUAUCAAACAGAAAUGUCUGCCAAGAUACUUUCCGUCAUUGUCGUGUUCGCUUGUAUUGGAGCGAUUACCGCCGCGCCUCAAUACCACCACCAGGAAGAAGAACAUCAUGGUCCAGUUCAAUACGAUUUCCAUUAUGACAUCCAUGAUGAUCAUACCGGUGAUGUUCACGGACGCAAGGAGACUCGUCACGAUCAUCAGACUCAGGGAGAAUACUAUCUGAUCGAUGCCGAUGGUCACAAGCGUACCGUGACUUACCAUGUUGAUGGCAAGAGCGGAUUCAUUGCUGAGGUUCAUCGUGAACCAAUCAAGGGACACCAGGCUCCUCAGCAGGUGCACAAAAUUUUAGCCGCCCCAGUGCAUAAAAUUCUGGCAGUUCCAGUGCACCAUGGACAUCACUAUUAGGAUGCAAUUCGAAA